CGAAGGGAAGCCUUUGUGGGGCCUGCCAUGGUGCCCCGGUGACACUGUCCAUGCUGCGGAGAUGUUUGCAGGCAUGGUGCGCCAUCGUGCUCUGCGAGGCGCUGGUCAAGGAUGUUGACUUCCAAAUGAACAACCACCUGGUCAAAGAGUUGGAAGUCGAAUAUGGCCUGGAACUGGGUGGAACUAUUACCAUUGACCUCCAAAACCGGCAUCCGGCCAACGAUACCUAUUUGAUGAUCCUGUCCUAUGGCCAGUGGCUCCAGUGGCGAACCACUGAGAUGGCGCCCCUGACGGGGGUUCAGCCGCAGGCGAAGGACCCCUUCAACGCCUACCUGGUGAGCUCCUGGCGUGGUGUCCUAUGGGAUCACCUGCAGGGCACCUUUCGGGUAGAGGAGUCCAAUGGUGGACGAAACCGAUACACUGUGCUAUUGGUCUCCGCACUCCGGAGCUCCAUCGACGUGCACGGGCAACUGACCUUUGAGAAUCCGGGCAAUGGCCAGCUUCCCCUGCAGGACAUCGACGUGCCGUGGGCCUUGGGCCUGGCUGCCGGGGUGUACUUAGUCACUGCUCUUCUGCUUUCCUGGAGCUUGCUCCGCAGCACAGCGCUCCAUAGCCUCCUUUUCCUGGUGCUGUUUCUACGUGGUUUGGUCAUGAUGCUGCAGUGGCUGGACUUCUUCCUGGUGGGCCUCAAUGGCAAAGAGUCGACCUUUGCCGAGAUCCUCUGGCAGCUCUUUGGCAAGGUGCAAGAUAUUUCAGAGCUCAUGAUGUUUCUUCUGAUCUCCCUGGGCUGGAAGGUGCUGAGACCUCAUUUGGACAUCUCUGAGAUCCGUUUCGCGGUGGCAAUCUCCAUCAUCUCCUUCUACCUGGGAGUAUUUCAGGUGGCAUGCACCACCCCAUCCACUUGCAGCGGCUACCAGCUGAGCAGAUACAUUCUGCAUGCCUUGUGCUAUUUGGUGGUCAUCGUUGCCAUGAACUUCAACUUGCAGAAGCUGGUCAGCGCCAUCGCCGAUGCCCCCGCCACCGUGGAGAGCGGGAAACUCUACCGGAAACUGCAGGCCUACCAGAUCUUCCGCUGGGUUUUCCUGCUUUUUAUCGUCGCCCCCACCUUCGAACUGUUCCUGAAGGUGACGAUCAUCCCAUGGGACCAGGAAUGGCUUUACGUCUUGGUACAGGAGCUGAGAGCAUGGGUGAUCUAUUUGGUCCUUGUCUAUGCCUAUCGCCCCAAUCCGGCGCCCCUGCGAGUCUUUGAACUCACGGAACGAUCUGAUGGCAGCGAUCGGGAGGAUUGAUGUGGAAAAAUUGGUUGCGGGCCAUGUGUGAUCGUGG